ACAAAUCAAAACAUUUUGAAAAAUCGAAGUGAAGCGCCUUCGAAGGAAGAAGUCGAGCUCACAAAAUCGCGCACUCGCAAAGUUCAAAGCAACCAACAACAAGCAACGACAGUUCACCAAACAGAAAACAUUUCAACCAUGACCGAAGAAUCUACGUUCGAGUCGAAGAUGGCGGAUUUUGAAUCGGAACAGCUCGAUCUCCAGGAACGCGAAGUUAUGGGCCAGAUGGAUAUGCUCCAACGCAAGUUGAAAGCGAUUCAAGAGGAAAAGGCGAAGCUUCGCAACCGCCAACUGACUUCGCCCCAGCAGCUACGUCGAAAGAGCGUCCCUUCUCCCAAAGAUGCCACUGUCAAGAAGACACCUGCCAAGAGCAAGAGCCGAGCCGGUGGUCUCUUCUCUUCGUUGUUCAAGGGCAAGACGGAGUUUGAAAAGGUCGAGUCGACUCAGUCGGAGGACACUUUCUCCGUGUCGCCAACGGACUCUACUCGCAAGAAUGCUCCAGAAGCUCGAAUGGUCGCGACUCCUCCACGAGGACAGCCACCUGUGGUGCCACACAACUCUCCCUACGACGCACCCAAUGGCAACGGGCAGUUGGUCGGAAGUCCUCAUCCAACCGUUCGAUUCGGGCACCCAAGUCAAACGAUGGUUCCCAUGCAACAAGAUCAAGGAGGCAUGCAACAAGGAGUUCGCCGUGGUUCGGUGCAGCAAGGAACUCGUGGUGCUGGUGUCCCCGCGAACAAAGGAGGGCAGGCCGCCUUCGACCAGCCGGGAAUGCGUCGACAGACUGCUCCCAUCCAACGUGGAGUUCGUCCUUCCAAGAGCCAGGGACAGGGCCGAGGACGUCCUACGCAGCGUAACCCACAACAGAAUGUCGGUCGUUCUAAAUCUAUUGCCAACCGUGGCGUGAACGGAAACUACGCAGCCGGAAACAAGGUGGGCAUGGACAAGAGUGCUGGUCAGGACAGCCCCCACAACCAUCGAGAGCAGGAAAACAACUCCCCUCUCAAGACAGGUGCUCCGGCUCCUUCAAAUACUUCCAACAAGCCUCGUGGUGGCCCUCCUCUGCGCGAAGUACAGUCCUCGGGCUCUAACGAUCCCCCGAAGGCGGCCAUGUCGAUGAAGGCAUCUCUCCUGGGAGAAAUGAAAGCCAAGGUUUCUAGCGGCGGAGGAAAGAUCCAAUUGAAGAAGACCGAUGGGGCCCGAGAUGAGCCACUCAAGACAAAGAACGAUGUCGCUCGAGCUCGAGCAAAGCCAGCAGCUCCGGUCGUUGAAUCAAACCCACUUCUGGCUCAACUCAAGGCCCACGCCGCUUUCAACAAGAACGCGAACGCGGACUGGAGCUAAACCCCACCGAAACCUCGUGAUCCCAGCUACCUCAGCGAUGUCUCAAGCCUCGUCAUUCAAAGUAUUAUUUGCCAAUCAAUUGCUUCCGUUUCCGAUGCAGCGCCAUAAACAGGUCGAUUCAUUCAGUAUUUCAUUCUCGACCUGUAGACAUAUCUAAUCAACUACAAUAAUCCCUCCUAUUUUUAAAGAACAAACUAGGAACAGCUCCAGGAACCAUCGUCUCAACUGUAGCAACAUGCACCGGUACCGCUAGAUUGUUUGAGCAACCGAUACUCCCAUAAAUUAGC